UUGGAGCUUGGGCGUUGUAGAUCGACUACUGCUGAUGAGAGAAGCAAGCGAGUGAUUCGGCGCUCUUUCCGUGUGUUGAAUUUUUUGUUUUUGUAAAAUCUUACUCGUUUUUAUUCCCAUUUAUUAUUCUCGUUUUAUUUCGUGUUGUGUGAAGAUUUGAUCAAGCAACAUGUCAGAACAGGAUGAUACAUUCCCUGGCCAGGAAGUGGAAACUCAACACUUGGAAGUUGAAACCAAUAAAUGUGGAAAAAUACAUAUCUACGUCCAAGGUGAUCUAACAAAUGUUGAGAAAAAGGCUAUUUUUUUAACAGUUCAUGACAUAGGAAGCAACCAUUCCACAUUCCAAGAUUUUGUGGAGCACCCAUGUAUGUCUGAAAUCAAGCCGAGAUCUGUGUUCAUUCACAUUGAUGUGCCUGGUCAAGAAGAUCAUGCUAAUGACCUUCCCUCUGACUUUCAGUUUCCUACUAUCCAACAAAUGGGCGAAGAUCUCGUCUGCGUUUUAGACCAUUUGAAAGUGAAACUAGUUGUUGGCUUUGGUGAAGGAGCAGGAGCAAAUAUUUUAGUUAGAUUUGCAUUGGCUCAUCCCUCCCGAGUAUUAGGAUUGGUUCUUAUUCAUUGUGUUUCUACUGGCGUUGGUGUCAUGGAAUACUUCAAGGAUAAGUUCAUGAACUGGAAACUUUCAAACGUUGGCAUGAAUCCAGCCACAGAGCAAUUUUUGGUACUUCAUAAAUUUGGAGCGCAAUUGGAAAAUGUGGAAAAUAAGGAAACUCUGAUUCAAGAUUACACAGAGAAACUGAAAAAGAAAAUAAAUGCAAAAAACUUGCGUCGUUAUGUGGAAUCAUACAUGAAUCGCAAAGAUAUUACAAGUGCCAUAGAAAACAAUCUUAAGUCGAUGGAUGUGUUGUUAGUCAGUGGUGGCAGAGCUGCACAUCUCCAGGCCGUCCAAAAUCUUUAUGGUCGUAUGGAUAAACAGAAGACAUCAUUCCUCAAACUGGACAGUGUAGGAGAUGUCUUCGCACAAGCACCCGAGAAAUUAUCCCAAAGCUUACUGCUGUUCGUCAAAGGACUUGGCUAUCUGACCUCCGUGACGAUGCCAGGCGUGGAACGACAGCGUACUUUCUCUGGGGGUGAUCCCAAGUCUCUAGGAGCCAUAGGGCGACGGCGCACUCUCUCUAUGGAGGAGUACGACAUGCCACGGCCGAGACGCCUCUCCCUCACCAUACCUCAGAAGUGAAGUUUUCUGCCGUCACGCUCUCUUGGCAUCACAGUCACUGUGGUGGCCCUCUCUAUGUACAGGAUGCAAUUAACACAACAAAAAAUAUUUCAUGAGGAAGCUUUAUGAAUAAGUAGCCAGCCAUGUGUUGUAAUUUGUAACUUUCCUUUCCAGUGAGCUCUAAACUCAUUGCAUCGUUUAGGGAAGUCAUUUUUUGGGAUCUGACGCAACUUUUUGGGUCAUAAUGUAUAUAUUUAUAUAUUGAUUGAUGAAAGUGGCUGACAACUUUCAGGUAUGAACGCCACUAGCGGAUAUAGAGUUAGUAUUUUUCCUCAUUGAAGUUGGUGGUUUGUAAUUCUUGAAUUGUUAUUAAAGUUAGGGACCUCUUAAACUUUUCCCUUUAAAAAAAUAUAUAUAUUGUUUUAAAAAGUUCUGAAAUUUUUUCUAAAUGUUUUACACGUUUUUUCAAUAUUUUGCACUUUUUCUCUUAUUAGCAGAGUUUUAAUAAAUAUUUUUUGUUGUAUUGUCAUUGUUUAGUGUAUUGCAAAAAUUUCAUCCUCAUAGAUUGUCAUUGAUAUAUAGAGAGAUUCCAACAUUUUGUAUUAUUUACUAUUUCAAUGUAUGUAUAUAUAAACAAAACCUUUUCUUUCUAAAACAAUUAUUAGCAAAUAUUUUUUUGAUUUGAAUAAGCAUUCAAAACAAUCAAUUGAAAGCACACCUAAGAAGGGAAAAGAAAGCUCAAAAUCAUUUUGUUCAUUUGGAAAAAGAUAUCUGUAUAUUAACGAGUUAGAUUUGAAAAGGUUUUAAUUUAGAGAAAUAAUUAAUGUUGGCAUCUCUAUUCAUCUAUCCUAAGUGCUUUUGUGAAACAUCUAUGCAAACUGUCUUGUUCACUCAAAUGUGCGAGUGAUAGUUUAUUCUAUAUUAAAUGUUUUGGCUGAAUUUUUAUAGAAAACAAUCUUUAUCCUCUGUUAUGUUGACUUGUUUCUCCAAAUACUUGGCAAAGGCAAAGCAUUUUCAAAUUUUUAUUGUAGCUACUGUUCUAUGUCUCCCAAUACUAUAUUUGUGUAGUGAGAAAGGUUAAUUGAUGAUCAGUAGGUUAGAUUUCAGGUGGCAGAUUUAGCACUUGUAAUAUUUCAAGCUAUGUGCAGCUACAUGCUAUUAUAACACAUCACUUUUCACAUGUCAUAAGAUAUUCAGUCAUGCAGAGAAAAAAAUAAGACAUCAAUUUCGCUUUAUUACAGCUUUAUGUAAAGUAAUCAACUUACAGAUGAUGAAAUCUUACUUGAUUCAAAACAAGUCAAAAGGAUUCAAAUACUGUAUGAUAGCUUUUGAGAUAUGUAAUAAUUUCAUAGUGAAACUAAUCACUUGAAAAUAUUUCAAAAAAAUUAAAGUUUUAUAUGGCAUCAAAAGUAUACCUGCUUCAUCCUUGAUUAAGUGACAUUUGUAUUUAUUAAGCUUUGUUUUAUGGAAAAUGUAUUGAACAUAUGAAGAGGCAAUAGAACCUAUCUGCACAGUCACUUUAGGUGACUAGUGGCUUUAACUUACAUGCCUAGCUUGUAACUAGUAAUAGUUUUAUGCUACGAGAUAUAUGGCUCUUGAGCCUUUUACAAACAUUUUGUGAAUUCUAAUUCUUAAUUAAACUUUCUUUUACAAACAUUUUGCGAUUUCUAAUUCUUAAUUUAACUUCCUUUUAAAUGUAAUUUUCUUAUAUUUUGUAUUUAUUUUAACAAAUUAAUUAAUAUCAAAAAAGUAUUACUAAUUAAAUUCUAUUGCUAUUGGUACAAUUUUAUGAUAAAAAAAAACAAUUUAUUAAUCAAUUGCACAUUCCUAAGUGUGAUUUUGAAAAUACUUUUUGAAUGUAGCAACUGAAAUACUUUCAUCUUUUUAAAUGAAAUUUUAAUGUAAAAAAAAUUAAAUUGUGUGAUAAUUACACAGAUUUUAUAUGUAAAAGUUGUAUUUCAUUUUAGAACUUUUAUAAAAUUUGUACAUACUUAUUUCUAAAAACUUUGUAUGAUGCAUUUUCCUUUCUUUUCUCCUAAGUAGCAGAGACAAAAAUAUGCACAUCAUGUUUGUCAUGCAUUGCAUCUAAAAGCAAUUAUUCAAGUUCUGCAUAAAUCUUGCAAAAUGUUUGGCAAGUAGAUAAAGUGCCCUAUAAACAUGUGCCAAUAUUUCCUUUUCUGAAAAAUUUGUUUAUUUAUUCAUUUUGCAAGCUUAAAAGAAAUAAAAUGUUUUGUUCUUCA